AUCUUAAUAAAAAAAACACCUUUUUCUGCCAUGUUGGAACCCACCCCCGCUAACGCAUUUUGAUGAAGAGAGCGAUAAACAAUUGUAAUGAUUGCGUUUAUCCCACGCAGCCGCAAGGGGGAAGCAGCCUCUUGCUCUGAUUGUGUGAAGAGCGGGGGCUGCCCUUGGUUUUCUCCGAGUGGGGCGGGAUGUGGGCUAAACCACGCACAUAUAAAACAAAACGUUAUUAAACGUGCGACAUGUUUGCAUGUUACGACUGUACCUCAGAACUUCCACAUUUUACCACAAUAAAACAGCCAGCACCCACGAACUCUCUGCGAGGUGUAACACCUAGCGGAAAGUUACAUUCACACAGCGGAGUAAUCCGUCCCAUCACCGCAGCGUGCUACUACCAUAGCUUGUCAAAUAUGCGCGGCUCGGCCCUAUUUAUGCAAAUAAAGCGUUCCGUGGACCAAUGUUAGCGUUGUUAUUGGUUAUUGUGUCCGCCCCCGGAAGUAGCUGGUCCAGCGGCCUUGGGGACCCACGCCGGCGGGUUUGUGUUGGAUGCCAUGGCGGCUCCGGGAUGCGAGGGCAGGGGUGUCCGGGUCCGGCCGCUGUAUUCUUGCGAGCAUUGGGAGAUAGUGAAGCCUUCGGUGAGCGAGCUGACCCGGGAGGUUCGCAACAACAUCCUCUGCACUGUGACAGGAUGCGGCAAAGUGCUCCCCAACCCGCCGGCUCUCAACAUGCACCUAGUGAAGUCCCACCGCAUCCAGGAUGGAGUGCUGAAUCCCACAUUAAGGAAAGAUUUAAAAGCUUCACAGAAAUUAUAUUGUUGUCCAAUAGAAGGCUGCCCAAGAGGAACAAACAGGCCUUUUUCUCAGUUUUCCCGUGUUAAACAGCACUUCAUGAAAAUGCAUGCAGAAAAGAAGCACAAAUGUAUCCAGUGUGGGAGCAGCUACGGCACUGAGUGGGACCUGAAACGCCAUCUUGGUUAUUGUGGAAAGACCUUUCAUUGCACCUGUGGCUGUCCUUAUGCCAGCAGAACUGCUCUCCUGUCCCACAUUAAUAGAACUGGCCAUGAGAUUCCAGUUGAACACAGAGAGCCCCCUGUAAAGAAAAAGAAGAUUGAAGCUGCUAUGAGAAGUCUUGAAACCAUGAAUGAGGCAAGACUUCCUGAAAGUGAUCUCCCUUUGGCUUCACAAGAUGAUCAAAUGGCAGAUUUAAAACUAUGCACUGUUGAAAGCCUCAGCAGUUCCUGCUUGACAGAAAGCAACCCCUCACAGCCGAAACAAACUCAAAAAUUGCUGCUUCCAAAGUUGGCUUUACUCAAGCUCCCAGUAAUGCAGUUUACCCAUCUACCUGUUUUGGUCCCUUCAUCUGCUUGUUCAGUCAAACCAGUGCUUGUUGCAGUUAAAGAUUCUGUUGCAACUUCUGUGCAAAUAUUGUCUAAUUACAAUGGAUCAAUUGUCUCAAACCUGGAUACAAACACUGCUUUACCUGCUGGUAUUGUAUUGUCUAGAAAUACAGAUUCUAAUACAGUUGGACCGGUAAACUCUUUUGUGCAAGUCAACCUAGAUAAACCGGUGUCUAGUAACAUCAUGUCAGAUAUGGGCAAUAUCUCCCAAAAGAACCGGAUCACAUCAGAUGUUCAGACUGACAUAUCGUACUUUACACAGUCUUUAUUACCAGACCCUCCUUGGACUUCUGACUCUUGUGUCUCAUCUUGUUCCCAAACAGACUUAUCAUUUAAUGCACAGAUCUCACUUCCAAUCAGCGUUGAGACCCAAACACUACAAUCAAAUUCUGAGUUGCCCUACAGCACUAAGGCUGGCAUGUCCAUCAGUCCUUGUUUCUCUGGUGGGAUUUCUCGUGAGACACAAACAAACACCGAACUAUCGAGAGGGGCGACUUUACAGGUGGACCAAGCUGUUAUGUGUGAAAAUAUAUUUACUGGCGGCCACUCUUUUUACACUGUGUCAACCCAAACAAGUAAGGCAGAAAGUAGGUUUUUGCCUGGAGCUUUGGACCAAAGUUUAUUGAAUACAAAUGAUGUUCAGCAAAUAAGAGAAGAGACUAUAGGCUUCAACAAUCAGAAUGGGGCAUUCCCUAAUCAAAACAUGACUGAUAACCAAACACAAACCAUGGAACUCCUUAGUGACCUUGAAAAAAUAUUAUCUGAUAAUAUGUCCGGCCAGCCGUUAGAUAAUCGCAGUCUGUUAUCAGUAGAAAGUUCAGGAGGGGAAGCAAAUUUGUCAUCUAAUUGUACGCAAAACCCAGGCAUUGAUUUUGACAUAGAUGAGUUUUUUUCAGCCUCCAAUAUUCAGACACAAACUGAAGAGUGCGAGUUGGGGAAUCUCGCCUCAGAAUAUCUAGAUAUUGAAACCCAAACAGACUUCCUGUUUUCUGAGGACUCUGCCCAGUUGUACUCUAACAAAACCAACUCUAGCAUUCUAGGUAUGGAGAUGUUUGAUACUCAGACACAGACUGACCUAAAUUUCUUUCUAGACAGCAGCUCUCACUUGCCAUUAGGUAGCAUAUUGAGACAGUCUAGCUUUUCAAUGAGCACAGACUCAUCCGAUGCAGACAGCCAUGCAAAUUUAUCUUCUGAGAGCAAAACUAACGAAUCUCACAGCAUGGAAUGUCAAGUACAGCAAAACAGUGCUGAAACUCAAACAACUGACAGCUGCUUUGAAACACUAGGCCAUUUAUUUCUCACAAGCAAUGAGACCCAGACUGCAAUGGAUGACUUCCUUCUUGCAGACCUGGCAUGGAAUACAAUUGAUUCUCAGUUUAGUUCUGUUGAAACACAGACUUGUAAGGAGCUUUUCUCUUUGUUUUCAUCUGAUAAAUCCCAUAACUGAUUAGCACUCCCAACACUUAUUAAUGCUCAUAACUGUGUAUGAGUGUUCUUCAGCCCAAUAUAUUUAUGCCCUUUUCCUGGCUGAAGCGAUAGCAGUCUGUCAUUUUCUGACCCCUCUCACUGUGAAGAAACUUGCAUGGCUUACUGUUAGCUGAGAAACAAAAAAUAUCUGUUGUGUAUUAGAAAUUAUGGUAUGUUUCCAUCAACCAUACAAGGAUUUUCAGCUACCUGCAUGCUGAGAGGUGUAGUUAAACGUUAGAGCCAUGUGUGAAGAUUCCUGUUAAAAAGCCAGUGACACAAAAAAUGAAUGUUUUAUUUGUAUAUAAUUACAUUUGUAUUUUUUGACUACACGUCUAAAAAAUGUGUUUUCUAAUAUAGGUGAUUAUAUAAGCUAUUAUGCAGCUAUGGGGCUGCUAUUUGGGUUCUAGAUGGCUAGAGCCCAUAUUUGCAUAGCGAAUAACAGAUAUACUACAUAGGUUGCAAUGUUUUAAAGGGUAGUUUACCAUUAGGUUAACUUUUUGUAUGUUAUAGAAUAUCAUAUAGUUGUUAAAUUAUUUGCCUUUCUCUUAGUCACUUUCCAUCUUUCAGAAGAUGGACUCUGACUCCUGCAGGCAAAAACCUGCCCUGGGAGGCUACAAUUUUGUUACUUUAUUAUAUUUCUUUCUAACCGGGCACUUCCCUAAUAAAUUCCCAGUCUCACGUUCAAACCAUUGUCUGGUUGUUAGAGUAAAUUGCACCCUAGAAUCCAAAUAGCUGCUGAAAUUCCAUACUGGAGAGUUGCUGAACAAAAAGAAUAGUAGUUUAAAAAUCCCAAAAUAUUCUGAUAAUAUCAGUCUACCCCAUGCUAAAUGUUAAUAUAAAGGUAAACUACCCUUUUUAAAUGGAGAUAUCAGGGUUAAAGAUCAUUUAUGGAUCUCUACCACCAUUUAUGGUAAGGCCAUUUCUGCCAUGAAAUACUUUGUGCUGGGCAAAUAUAUAUCACCUUUAACCGCAAAUAAAAUACUUUCAUGUCUUGGUGUUACAUGCCCUUCUUGCACUAAACAAUUGUGCUGUAUCACAGAGAAUGUCUUAUUGGUUGUUAAAAAAAAAACCAGAUCUAAACAGCAUGUAUAUCUAUAUGCCACGUGUAGAGGUUUGGACUAUUUGUAUAUGAUAGGCACACCUAUAAAGAAAAGCACUUUAUUUUUGUUUUCUUAUGUAAUUUAUUUAUGCUGUCAGAAUAACUGGUCAACCAAGUAUGUGUGCUUAAUUUAAAUAAAAAAUACUAAAAUUGU